CAACCCAACCCAGCACGUAUCGACUGCGCGCCACAGCGCUGGCUGUCCGUGGUAUAAUAUCAACCGUUCGAAAAACGUCCGCCCUCCGGGAAGUUGGUUAAGGUAGGACGGCGACGGCGACGCCGACGGCUAGGACGACGACGACGACAGCGACGGCGACGACGGCGACGACGGCGACGAGAACGGCGACUAGCGCAGCUAUCGUGACUUGAACGAACGACUGGUACAACUAAUACAUGUACAUCGAGUGAUUAAGUAUACCGCACUUCUAGGCGACGACGAGUACGACGGGUGAAAAGCGCAGGCAAGCCGUGCUGGGACAAGUGCUAAGGGGAUAUUUGUGAAUAAACGAGCUUAACGAUCCUCACGUCACUGUUGUAUCGUACAAUCAUCGUGCACCGUCAAAAAACAUCGUGCGAUGUGAUAUCGAGUGUCAUUGAUGUCCGCGACGACGAGGAAUACAUUUCGGGAUUUAUUACGAGACGCAAACGGCGAGGGGUUUACUACACGAGCCAGGAGCGUAUCGACUAGGAGGGAGACGGAACACUUGGGGAGGAGGCCGAUUAGAGGAUGAGCGGAAGACCGAGGACCACCUCCUUCGCGGAGGGUAACAAACCCCCGACCAAUCCCCCCCUGGGCGGCAUGAGAAUUAGGGGUGGUGCGAUGUGCAAUGCAGGCAAGGAUGGCAACAAGGUGACCACCGUAGUGGCCAGCGCAGGAGCUGGACCGGACCGUCCUCUAGAAGUUGCCUACACCGACACCAAAGUCAUCGGAAAUGGAAGCUUCGGUGUCGUUUACCAGGCCAAGUUGUGCGGCACCGGCGAAUUGGUUGCCAUCAAAAAAGUCCUUCAGGAUAAACGAUUUAAGAACAGAGAACUUCAAAUCAUGCGACGUCUAGAGCAUUGCAACAUCGUGAAACUUAAAUAUUUCUUCUAUUCUAGUGGUGAUCAGAAGGACGAGGUCUAUCUCAAUUUAGUGCUGGAAUACAUCCCAGAAACUGUGUACAAAGUGGCCAGACACUAUAGCAAAAGUAAACAAACAAUACCCAUCAGUUUCAUCAAGCUAUACAUGUACCAGCUUUUCCGGUCAUUAGCGUAUAUUCACUCGUUGGGAAUAUGCCACAGAGAUAUCAAACCUCAAAAUCUUCUUUUGAAUCCGGAAACGGGCGUGCUUAAGCUCUGCGAUUUUGGUUCAGCCAAACAUUUGGUUAGGGGCGAAACAAAUGUAUCCUAUAUUUGUAGUCGCUAUUAUCGUGCACCAGAACUCAUUUUCGGUGCAAUUGACUACACCACAAAGAUUGAUGUAUGGAGUGCAGGCUGUGUGGUAGCAGAAUUAUUACUUGGUCAGCCAAUAUUCCCUGGCGAUAGCGGCGUCGAUCAACUUGUCGAGAUCAUAAAGGUUCUUGGCACACCAACUCGUGAACAGAUCAGAGAAAUGAACCCCAACUAUACAGAAUUCAAAUUCCCUCAGAUUAAGUCACAUCCUUGGCAAAAGGUAUUCAGGGCACGCACACCGCCCGAGGCAAUGGAACUUGUUGCCCGACUUCUAGAGUACACGCCAUCCUUGCGAAUGACACCCCUGCAAGCCUGUGCUCAUUCAUUUUUCAACGAAUUGAGGGAGCAACGUACUCGAUUGCCAAAUGGCCGUGAACUUCCCCCUCUCUUCAACUUUUCGGAACAGGAACUUCAAAUUCAGCCAGCCCUAGCACCUACCCUAAUCCCAAAGUACAUGCAACCAUCGGAUAAUUCUGGUGCCCAGUCAGAAGCUACUAAUGUAGCUGCGGAAGCCAGCGGUAACUCUAGCGAUAGUAACGCAAACAUCAGUACACCGACUACCACACAAAACACGAACCCAAACCAGUCGAACAUGGCUUAGAAUUCAUUUUUUUACAUUUUAAAAAAUUAAAGAAAUUAUACUAGAAUAUCCUGAAAAUAACUUUGAGAGCUUCUGAAGAGGAUGUAUCAUUCUAAAUUGAAUCGAGUCACUCCGCGCAGUUCAUCCUGGACUAUUGUACAGUUUUGAUCAACCUUACACUCUUGAUUUUUUGUACACUUGAUCACAUUAUGUUCACACAGGUUAGACUUUUAGUAUUUUCUUGAACAGCAAUUCAUAUAAAACAUUAGUCCGGCACUGGUAAUGGUAAUUGGUACUAAAAUCGUGUUAGACGAAUUUUACCGAAGUAUAAGGUUUCUCUAAAAUAUUUCCAUGUAUGGCUUCGCAUUGACAAGUUCAUACGAUUGACUAACUAGAGUUCUGAAAAAUAUUCUUACACAUAAUAUUCUUUAUUUUUUACACGCGAACCAAUUAAAAGCUUUGCUUUUAAACUUAUUCAUGUGUCUUUGUAAACUCUGACUAAAGGGUUGAAAACAAUUUGACAGUAUGAAAAGAAAAAAAAAAAAACAAGUUAUGAGUAAAAUGUUUUAAAGAAACUGGCACGAAUUGUAUACAGUCCGGGCAAAAGUUGUGUUGUCGCUAUGGAAUUAAUCUACGAUAUGGGGAUUAGUUAGUACUAAAAGCCUCUUCCGUCAACGUAAAAAGCAACAUGUUAGUUGAAAUAUGUAAUCUAAGAUUUAGUAGCAAAAAUGUUGCUUGCAUCGUCUUUUUAAGUAAUUACGAAGCUAGCUUGAAAAAAAUGCCAGUCGGAUUGAAGUACACGCUACAUUAAACUCUGAAUACAAUAAGUACAUGACGUUUCAUUUAUUGCAGACCAAGAACCAUGGUUUAAAGGGACAAGAAAAAGAGCCAGAAAAUUAUUUAUGCUGGUAAAAAAAGUUUUAGACAGUAGCGAAAUACGUACACAAGUGAAAUAUCCUGUACAUAUUAUACGUGUAGUAGUAUUUUUAAUUUUUGUGUUCAAACUUUAACACAUGUGAUUACUGCAGAUAAUAUUAUGUGUGUCUCAUUCAAAUGCUCGAAGCGUGUGCAAACGAAUCGUUGUAAGACGAUAUUUGAAACCUUAAACACGUAUUUCUAACAUGACUAGAGAGAACUUAGACAAAAAUGUUAUCAGCUAAUUAUAUUAUUGUCAAAGUAUAGUUGGAUAGAAAGUGCAGCCAUAUUAAAAUGAGUUUCCAAUUAAAUUUUGACGAUACGAACUACUUAUUUGUAAGGACACGGUUUCUCUUUCGACUUGCAUAUUUAGCAUAUUUAUUCUGCUGAUCGUCUGGAUAUUUCUUUUUUCCUUUUUUUUCAAUUUCUGUUAAAAUUAGCUUACAUUGAAAAGAUUAUUCCCUGACUUGGUAUGUACUUGGAGAUGGUAGUAACAUGGAUUUUUCGUUUUUUUCCGAUCAAUAUAAAUCAUGUGACGAUAGGGUAAACAGUUACGUUUUUCAUUCUUACUUGACUUUUCGAACGGUAAGCUGUUUUGCAUUUUGUUCGUAUCUACACGAUUUAUACUGUUUAGUAUACCUACAUACAUGCAUAUCAUAAUAUUGCAAAGAAAAGCUGCUGAUAAUGGGAAUUGAAAAAGGUACGUCUGUGCCAGGCAAAACAUGAAAACGUAAAAAGUCUUUGACGUGUAUAAAAUGUGUGGGAAUUUCGCUGUUCCAUUACUGCAUUAGACACAUCGCAGUUUGGCAGAACGAGACUACAGCAUCGUACGAGCGCAUUUUAGUCGUACCCAUCUUCUACAGAUGGUGGAUAAACCAUUGUUGGCAAUAAUAUAGGAAUGGACGUACCUGAACCGUUGAUUUCCUUCUUUAAAAAGAAGAAAGAGCUGACCAUUCGUUUUAGAAUUUUAUAAAUGUUGAUAUUUCAUUAAGUUUUCCAUGAUAUGCUCCGUUUAACGAUACGCUAUAGUUUUGAUUCUAAAUCAUCGAUUAAAAUCAAUAUUCAAAAUUAAUAACUUUUGUACUGCAUUCUCUGGUUUAAAAUAUUUACUUACUACUCCAAUUGAAAAAAAGUGAAAUAGCAAAUUCUGACUCGACAUGUGUUGCUUAUAACACGAUAAUGGCAUUGAAUUGCCAGUUUUUAUAACUUUACGUAAAUAAUUUAUUUAUUUUAGGACUCUGUUUAUUAUACUUGAAUUUUCCAACAGGCACAACUAAAAAUAUAAGUUGGUCCAUUCUCAAAACGUCAUACUUUGAUUACAAUAAGUUAUUUCGUAUUUCAGGCGGAGAAAAACAUUAAAUUCAAAACCGAGGAGGUCAAAUAACGCUGUGAAUGGUAAUAAGACACGAAGUUUGAAUCGCACGCCUUAACAGAUUGUUGAUUAUUUAUCGUAAUUAUUAUUGUGAAUAAAUAAAUUGAUUGAA